AUGGUGUUUGUGCCGUUCACUGGUGUGGACAACCACAAACGAUGCAUCACUUUCGGGGCCGGUUUGCUGACUAAAGAAGAUGCUGACUCAUACAGCUGGUUGUUGGAGAAAUUUGUAUGUGCAAUGGGCAAGAGGCCAUUGUGCGUUGUGACCGACCAAGACCUUGCUAUGCAAAUUGCUAUAAAACGAGUAUUACCAGAGUGCCGCCAUCGCUACUGUAUGUGGCACAUCAUGACAAAGGUUAAUGAAAAGCUCGGUAGUGAGUUAGCUAAGGACAAUGAGUUCCGCAAGAAACUACUAAUGGAUGACUACAAUCUAUCCACUCACCGAUGGUUUUGCAAAAUUUUGGUAGAGUUCUACAUGCAAUUCGAGAGCGUGUUGGGAACACAGCGCUACCGGCAAGAUAAAUUGAACGCAAAGUGCGAGGGAUACCUGCCAGAGUUUAAAACACCUUUAGAACUUGAGCGACAUAUUGCACAGCUGUUCACGAUCACUAUUUUUUACAAGUUACAGAAAGAAAUAGAAGCAGCUUGUUUUUAUUGUUCUGUGGUCGGUGUACGAGAGACGGGGACAGCACUUAUUACGACAUUGAUGGUGAGUGCGCCAAUAUUUCGACCGUGCACUACAAGGGGCCUCCCGUCUGAUGGUGAUAAACCCACACCCGCAGCAACCCAACUAUGGACUGAGAUAAACAUGUGCAUUGGGUUAGUAGGUAAUAGCCUAGAACGGCAAACACGGAUGGUGGCGGUACUUCAGGGUCUUACCGCAGAAUUUGCUAGUGACGGUAUAUCUGUGAACCCGGUUAAGGGUAACCGUGCUGCAAUUCAGGCAUUAUGUGGUGUGGAUCCAUCACAAUCAAUAACAAUCCAAGCCCCUACCCAAGCAAAAAACAAAGGCACCGAGAAGCGCAUUAAAAGCAGUAGGGAGUUAGCCAUUGAGAAAAAUGUGAAACACGGCCGAAAGUGCGGGAUUUGUGGCAAAUACACCCGCCAUAACGCUCGUAGUUGUCCCUCAAAGUAG